AUGAUGAUGAUGAUGAUGGACAAUCAAUCAAUCAACAACAUCACAUGGACCAAGCCAAUGAAUGGCUCACCAAAGAAGAUAAUGAUGCAAAAGUACCACGCAGACUUGGAAGCAUCAAUGACACGGGACUAUUCCUCGCGUCUAUUCCUGACAUGGAUUUAUAGAAACACGGUGCCACCUCAGCUGGCCCCACUCCCAAGACUUGGUAUCCAACAGCGCGUGGUCGUUCCCCAGCAGCACGGAGUGUUGCUGCCACACUCCACGCCACUGUCCGACGUGGAGCGCUACGUUGGACAACUGGUCGACAUGGUGGACACGGUCAUCCACUUCUUCUACCGCCAACACAGCAAGCGCCACAGCCUGGCCGAGGACAACGCGCUCUACCACUCUUUGUUCAUCGGCUGCAUAUACUACGCCGACCUGUUCUCGCGCAAGAACACUCAGGCCUCGACGACAUUCCUCGACGUGCUCACAACCAGCAUCAUCGUAACGAUCAAGAUGUGGAUGGAGGAGAAGAUGAGUGUCAACAAGUACAUUGCCAAGAUCUUCAACACGCCCAUUGCGCAUAUCAACCGUGUCGAGGCCUACUUCCUCCAACUGAUCGACUACCAAGUGUACCUGCACGAGAAGGACCUGGCGCUGUUCAUCGAUAUCAUACAUAGAUCAUCCACUCAGCUGAGGUCGCAACAAGAAGUACAGCAACAGCAGCAGCAGUCUGCAUCACAGUCAUCAUCAUGUAUCGCUACAAUGUCAUGUUUAAACUACAAUCCAUUCACAUCAUCAUCGGCAUCUUCAUUCAGCUCACCGAUGAUGGGCUCAACAUCAUCAUCUUCAUCAGCAUCUCAGCCUUCAUCGCCAUUCCUUCACUCCUGCAUGUCAACACCAACUGGUGGACACUCCCAGGAAUACUCAUCAUCUCCAUCUUCACUAGUACCAACCUCACCAAACAACAACAAUAAGAGGAAGUAUCAAGUCUACCAACAACAACAACAGUAUCAACAGUUGCAUAGUCAGCAGCUGUCUUCAACUUCAUCACAUGUAAUAUACAAUCAAUUACCACAUCAACAACAUCAACAACAACAACAACAACAACGUCCAAUCAUAAGUACAACAACAUUAGUACUCUGCUCUACACCAAGUGUUCUGCCUGGUGGUCCAUCAGCCUUUACUCUAUGUUCAAACAGCAGCAGCAGCAUUAGUAGUUACCAAGAGCCAAGAAAGAGAAUAAAGGAAAUAGUAUCGUAU